AUGAAGUUCACGCAGGUCGCGCUUCCACUCCUUUUCUCUACUGCAGCAAUUGCAGCACCAGUUGCCGACAAGACUUUGAAAGCUAGAUCGACUCAAAUCUGUGGUCAAUGGGAUUCUGUUGCCACUGGUGCAUACACGGUUUACCAAGAUCUUUGGGGUGAAGAUCAAGCAUCAUCUGGAUCCCAAUGUACGACUGUUGAUUCAUUGAGUGGUACCACUAUCGCCUGGUCCACAUCUUGGAGUUGGGCCGGUGCAUCGAGCAGCGUUAAGUCAUAUGCGAAUGUUGCUCUUCAAUCGGUUGCUACCGCUGGUGUUCAAGUUUCUUCCAUUUCUAGCAUUCCUGCUGUUUGGAAAUGGGGGUACACCGGAUCAUCCAUCGUCGCUGAUGUAUCUUGGGAUCUUUUCACCGCCGCUACAGCCGACGGAACAAACCAAUAUGAAAUCAUGAUCUGGUUAGCCGCCAUCGGAGGAGCCGGACCAAUUUCCUCAACCGGUUCCCCCAUUGCUACCGCUAGCAUUGCCGGUCAUCAAUUCAGCUUGUACUCUGGACCUAACGGAGACACCACCGUUUAUUCUUUCGUUGCUUCUACUCAAAUCACCGAUUUCAGCGGUGACCUCAUGGAUUUCUUGAACUACUUGGCUACCAACGAAAACUGGUCCAAGAGUCAAUAUCUCAAAGUUUUGCAAGCUGGAACUGAACCUUUUACUGGAUCCAACGCCGUCUUCACCGUCUCAGACUACAGCGUUUCCCUCUCCACAGGAAGCUCAACCACCGCAUCAUCUACAUCUAGCGCACCACACCAAGCAGUAAGCACCACUGCUUCCGCAACCAGCAAACCGGUCGUACCAGCUAAACCGGUAACUACUACUUCUACCACUACUACUACGUCCACUACUUCCACUACUUCUACUACACCUAGUGCUACUUCUACCUCUACUCCUGCUUCUGGAUCGGGUUCGGUUCCUUUGUAUGGAAAUUGUACCGGGGGAAAAUCUUGUUCCGAGGGUACUUGUGUGGUGCAGAAUCCGUGGUAUUCGCAGUGUGUUUCUGCUUAA